AAAUCGAUUUAAGUGCGUCGCUUGUUGUACAACGAUUAAAAAAGUUUAACAUAGCAACGAAUUCAGAUUAUGUUAACGAAUAAUGUUUUUUUUUAAAUUAAUAAAAAAUAAAAGUAUAAAAACUUGUAAUUUACAAUAUAUAUAAUAAAUGUUUAUGCUAUUAAAUUUUGACGUCGUUAUUAUAAUUUUCUUUGACGAAAUAACUUAGAACUUACUUAUUUUUUUCAAUCAAUUUUGAAAUUCUGAAAAAAUAACCAAAUUUUAUUUUCGAAAAUGAAUGCAGUAAAAUCAUUCUUCAUUGCUUUGACGUGCAUUUCGAUCGGACAUCAUUGUUUCACAUCCAAAUUAAAUAUCCGUAAAUGUAAAUUGACCCAUUCCGGAAUCGAAUACCAGGGCAACGUGUUUAUCACUAAAUUCAAGUCGUUGUGUCGACCGUGGAAUUCGAUUGGAAUCGAGCCUGAUUCAAAUUUCGCAGACGGAUCUAGAGUGUUGGCUAAGAAUUUUUGCCGUAACCCGAACGGAACCCGAGAUGAUCUUUGGUGCUAUACGUACAAUGUGGAUAGUCCGGUGGAAUUAUGUGCCGUGCCUUUGUGCAAUGCAAAAAAGUGCCGGUUGACUGGUCCAGGCGUGGAGUACGGUGGUAACGUAAACGUGACCAAGUCCGGUUACGCGUGUUCCAAGUGGUCGGACGUGGAUGACUCGUCUGCGACUGAUUCAAAGUUCCCGGACGGUGGCCGGUCGGCGGCUGGGAACAGGUGUCGGAACCCGACCGGUGACUCGGGUGGCCCGUGGUGUUACGCGUCCGUGGACGGGGCUACCGUUUCGGACUAUUGCGAUAUCCCUGGUUGCGACGACGGAAUUUGCCACUGGACGUUCAUUAACGGCGGUGGGUCGUCGGGCCAUGGACAUUACACCGCGAUACCGACCUCAAAAGACGACGACGGCGACGGUGGCGGUCUCGCGAGUUUCGAGCUCAAGACUUGGGACCCGGCAGUGUCCCGGAAGGUUCAACCCCUGUUCCGGAUGUCGCUUACCGCGUACCCGACCGGCUUGUCCGGUGACGGGUUCGAGGUACCGGUUCCGGUCGACGUGUUUGCCAGGUCCGGAACUGCCGGAAUCGCUCGCGUGGACGUGUCGUGGAGGAACGGAUUUGUCGUAUUGACUUCCGGCAAGCCGGGUGCCACCAGAGAGGUGUCCAGCCUCGAAUUGAACGCCACUCUAUCACCGGUGGCGUAUUUAAGCUUCGCCGCUGGUGACCAGAUGGCUGCCCCUCCGGUGGCCGUACGAUUUGCGCACUGUGACUUGCGAACAGCCGGACAGGAAGAGCACGUGACCAAUAGCCAAGACGUUUACAGGAUAUUCCCGCUGAAGAAAUCCGUCGUUUCCACUUCCGAGUUGUCGUUUUCCGUCCGAGCUGUGAUAUCGGCGUCCGUCACGUAUUACACCGCACCAACCAGGCUAACGCCAUGUCUAGUCAUAGAGUUUGCAGCUCGACCUGCCCAGGAAAUAAAAAUCAUUUAUAUUGGAAAAUCAAACAGUGAAAAACAAAUGAUUUUUAAUCAGACGUAUGAAAUGGAUGUGAUAUCUUAUUGGAGAUGGCAUCAAUACGAGAUUACAAUUGCAGACAAAAUAUUACAAAUACGAACUACAAACGAACAUGAAAAGAAUCCGACGAUUUUAUUAAACAUAACGGAUUUCAAGUUGAGAUUUUUCCAUUGGUUCGCCAUCGGAUCAAAAACCGUCGCUCACUGGACGCUGUAUUGUAGUGGACCAGAAUUCUACCCCCUUCCCGAGGCAGCAUUGCCAGAAUGCGUGAUAUCGGAAUCGAGCGAAAAUUAUCGCGGAACUCAGUGGAUUACCGAAAACGGGGAUCCGUGCCUCUCUUGGAAUAUUUCGUCAGUGCGUAAAUUGGUUAAGGAAAGAACAUUGAUAGAUCGAAGUUACGUAAAAGCCAAAAACUAUUGCCGGAAUCCGACUAAAGAUUCGAACGGACCUUAUUGUUACGUAGCCGUCGGCGGUUGGGAGAACAAGGCGAUCAAAAAACGAUCGUGUCGCAUCCGGAAAUGUAGAAAUACAAGAUGCAGCAUUGCCGGAAUCGCGACCGACUACUUGGGCAAGCUCAACAAAACUGUGUCCAACCGCACAUGCUUGAGUUGGGCGUCGUACACCGGCGAGGGUUACGCUUUCCCGGAUGGUUCGGCGUCGGCGGCGUCCAACUACUGCCGGAACCCGACCAGAGAACCGACGGGCGCUUGGUGUCGUGUCAGCGGCACCGCCGAAACGGACUCGUGCGACGUUCCCGGCUGUUCGGACGACGGUAGUGACGAUUCCGAUACGCUGCUGAUCGGUGGCGACGGCGUUCACUGGAUGCACGUGUUGCCCGAUUGGAGGGGUGAUUCGGGCCUGCGAUUGCGGCUCAAGCGUUGGGCGCCGGGUGUCUACGAGGGCGUGUCGCUGCGCUUCCGCAGAUCCGGCCACCCGUCGUCGUACGAUCUGGUCCAAGUUGGAGCGGACGGCGACGAAAAGAUCGUGUUGUACCGGUUGACCGCGGUCGGGGACCGAGAGCCGGAUCUUGCCACGACGGCCGCCGACGACCAGGUCGUAUACCCGCAUCUGUUGAUGGCCAGUCGGUGGACAGAAUUACUGUUCCGGUUGGCGGACGAUGACCGUGGUGCAGACGGUCGAACAGUCGCUUCCGUGACGAUGAGCACUGCUGCCGGCGGAAAGAUAUUCAGUUGGACACUCAGUGACAGCGCCGACGGAGACGGAGGUGGACGCAUCGCGUUCGUAGGACUGUCCGCGAUAACUGGCCGCGGUUACGUGGCCGCUCAAUUCCCGACCGCAGAAGAUUGUCUCAUUCAUAGUUCAGAGUCUCAGAAUUUUUCAGUUUUUUUACCGAUAAACGUCCGGUCAAACAGAAGUCUGACAAAUACCAAUCCCGAAAUUAUUUUUCGAGUCAAACAUACAGGUGUAACAUGUAUCGCAUUAACAAGCCGGAAACUUAGCGAAAGGCACGUGCUGGAAAUCGACGGUGAUCGGGCGGUAUUGUGGAACGAAGCGAAAGGACCGAAGAAAUCGCUCGGAGAGUAUAAGUCCAAAAUCGGUGCAAUCUUCACGGCCGGCAAUUGGACCAGAAUCGUUUUGAGUUGGAACGAAAGCGUGUUGCGAAUGGACUGUGGUGGUGUUCACGUGCGGCAUUGGACCAUUGAUCGGAAACGACCGUUGCUGGUUCGUUACUUUUCAGUGGCCAACCGAGGAGGCGGCCGGACCGAGUGGACGGUGAACUGCGACGAUCCGUGGAGGCGACAGCCGGAUGUGGACGGCCCGCCCAAGGAUGGCGGAUGGGGCGAGUGGGGCGAGUGGGAGCGGUGCACGAAAUCUUGCGGCGGCGGGACGGGAGUGCGGAGCAGGCGAUGCGACAGUCCCAGGCCAAACGUGUCGGGCAGGCCGUGCGCCGGGCCGGUCACCGCGGUCGGUGCGUGCAACCAACACGAGUGCGGACAGGUGUCCGACAAGACGGCGGCCGCUGUGCGACGAUCAUUGGCCGGCCGGCCACACAACGCUGUGGCCGCGGUCGGCGACCGGUUGACGUUGUCGUGCGACCCAACGACCGUGGACGCCAUCCGGGCCGAUUCGCCGCGCGCCAGGUUCAAUUGGCUGCGAAACGGCAAGAUCGUCAAGUCAACGGUCGUAAAUAACGAAACCGACAGAUGCGCUUUGGUCAUAAGCUCGUGCACAGUUUAUAAUUCAGGAGUAUAUGCAUUUGUAGCAGAGCCACCAAAUUUUGAAAGGAUUGUGUUGAAGUUGUUCGCCGUGGCUAUUAACGACAAACCUAUUUCCGUAUACAUCGGAGAUGUAGUAAGAGUGCAAUGCAAUGCUGCUACAUUGAGUUAUUUAUUUAACAGAUUGUCGCAAGAAUGGCUCGUAAACGAUAGUUAUGUGAUAAAAAAUUAUGGAGUUAAUUCUCUUGCAUCGAUCGAUGUAGAUACAAUAACCAUAGAAAAUAUACAUUUUCAAGGUAUUUGGAAAUGUGUUGUCAAGAGCACUGAAAUUAAUAGUAGCUGGGUCACUAAUGCAAUGGAAAUUAAGGUGAUUGGACUAUCAACCAGAUGGACCCAAAUAAUGCAAGAUCCUAUCAUAAAAAUAUUAUUCCAAAAUAGUUCACCAACAAUGAUAAUUUCAAUUUGUACAAUACUUAUUUCAGCUUUAUGUGUUGGCACUUGGUGCUGUGCUUAUAUAUUUAACAGAUGGCGCAAACAAAUAAUGAAAAAAACAUCCAAAGGAAUACAAAUUAAAGAUGGAACUCAUAAGAGAAUUCUAUAUCAACGAUUAUAAACAUUAUUGUUAUGAAUGAAUUGCCUUCAAACCAUAAUCUUAUACUUUAUAAAAUCUUUUAUUAAAAUUUAAGCAUUAUUUAACCAUCA